UAUAUGCUUUCCCUUCCACCUAAUGCUCAGCCCCUAUUUUCCUUUGCGAAAAAAAAUAACCCCUAUUUUCGAGUGAAAACUCCAGUUACCCAAAUGACGUCUCAACCAUUAACAAAUCACCGAGAAGGAGCGGAGAUCUACCACGGCGAGUCCCUCUGCAAGCAGAAGUCCCUCGACCUCCUCCAGGAGAUCCGCCUCCCCAUGGGCCUCCUGCCCCUUGACGACAUCGUUGAGGUUGGCUACAAUCGCACCACUGGGUUCGUCUGGCUCAAGCAGAAGAACAGGAAAGAGCACAAAUUCCGUGCAAUUGGACGCAACGUGUCGUACGAUAAGGAGGUGACGGCGUUCGUGGAGGACCGGCGGAUGCGGAGGCUGACUGGGGUGAAGAGCAAGGAGUUUCUGAUUUGGGUUACGAUCUCUGAUAUCUAUGUGGACUCUGGCGAUACUAAGAAAAUAACUUUCGGUAAUCCAACAGGGAUAUCGAGGACUUUUCCAGUGUCUGCCUUUGAGCUAGAGGAGGAGGAGAAGAAGUGAUUGUCGUUUAGUUUCCAGUGUGCGUUUUAGCUGAAGGAGAAGGAGAAGUGAUUGUGGGUUCGGUUGUUGUGUAAUGUGGGAUUCAAUAAAUCUAUGAUUAUGAUUAUGGUUUUAA